UCCACGGGGUCCCGCAGCGCUCCUGAAUCUGAAGAGCUCCGACAGUCACAGAGGAGACCUGCUGGAUCUCAGAGACCAGGACCAAGAGCGGGAUGGAGGAGGACAACCAGGACCCGGAGCCCCGGAGCAACAACGUCCCCGGAGGACAAACAGCAGGCUCGAGCUCUGAUAGCACCGAUGUUCAGAAACUGAGAGGAAGAGAGGGAAUCAACCGCUGUCAUCACUGUGAUAAAUCCUUCUCAACAUCUGGAUCUUUAAAGAUUCAUCAGAGAGUUCACACUGGAGAGAAACCGUACAGAUGCGACCAGUGUGGGAAAACUUUCACUCGAUCAGGUGAACUAAAAGUCCACCAACGUGUUCACACUGGAGAGAGACCGUACAGGUGUGACCAAUGUGGUAAAGCUUUCACUGCAUCAGGUGAACUAAAAAAACACAAACGUUUUCACACUGGAGAGAAACCGUACAGCUGUGACCAAUGCAGCGCAGCGUUCACUACAUCUGGUUGCCUAAAAAUCCACCGACGUGUUCACACUGGAGAGAAACCGUACAGUUGCGACCAAUGUGUGGCGGCGUUCACGACAUCUGGUUGCCUAAAAAUACACCAACGUGUUCACACUGGGGAAAAACCAUACAGCUGUGAUCAAUGUGGAAAAGCGUUCACAACAUCCGAUAAACUAAAAAUUCAUGGACGUGUUCACACUGGGGAGAAACCAUACUGGUGUGAGCAGUGUGGAAAAAAUAUCCCUACAUCAGCUGAACUAAAAAGGCACUGUCGUGUACACACCGGAGAGAAACCGUACAGCUGUGGCCUGUGUGUGAAAGCUUUCACUACAUCAACUGACCUAGAAACCCACAAACGUGUUCACACUGGAGAGAAACCGUACUGCUGUGAUCAAUGUGGGAAAGCUUUCACUCAGAGUGGUUCCCUUAAACGUCACCAACGCAGUCACAGUGCUUCAUUUUAACUUUUUCAUCAUGCUACAGGAUUCUUCUCUACAAACUGAGUGAUAAACAACAAUAACUGUAUAUUUUUGAGCAGCACGUCAUGGCUACAAUAACAUACAUUCUACUGAGUAGGGCUGAACGAUUAAUUGCAUUUGCCAUAUUAUCGCAAUGUGAUAAAACCAGAUUUUCUAAUCACAAAGGCUGCGAUUACACUCUGGUCUCAUGACACCCAAGACUAAACCAGUCUGCAGAGGAAGCAUCAAAUUUGCACGUUACGCUGUAACGUUGACUUGUUGUUGUACAAUGUAGCUGACACUACAGAAACUUAACUGUCACUCAGGGAAUGAAAGUAGCUCCUGCGGAUAACUUGGUGGUGGGUGAAAUCUUUGGGCCAUCCGCCGCUUUGACGGACAGAAAAAAAGACAGAAAAGAAAACGGAAAGACACGUGUAAACGUAUUAUGGCGAUCUGCGCCUGCAUCACAUCACACACAGCCAACAGUCAGCUCAGGAAAUAUCUGUGAAACAGCAUUUCAAACCAAACUCACAAGUCUGAAAGUGGCCCAGUCUGUCAAGAGUGCGCUGCUUAUCAGCAUCGGAGGCUGCGGAGGGGCUUUUAUGGCGUGUAUGAAAAUGUCAGCCUUAUUCUAUCAGCUCGGCUGACCUCGAAGUUAUCCAUCGAUCCUGCUUCGUUACAGCCCCUGAUUCACUUGGAUUUUCACUUUUAAGGAACAACUAUUCUCUCUAAGUAGUAGAGUUGAAUAUUUGUUCAUGAAUUAUCUCUAUAUGCGUUUAGUUUUUAUUCUACCUAUGUACUUCACUAUAAUAAAGUAUUAUUUUCCCACUGUC